CGAUCGGUUCGCUUCGCUCGGCUUCAAUUCCGGGCCUAAUUUUCUCGACAAACUCGCCGAGCUCUGAACCUCACUGCUACUCCGACUCUCCUUCGUCCCCUUCGACUACGCCACCGAUUCCCUCAACUCGCCCGAGUUCGCCUUCUCCGACUCAGCAACCGGCGCUUCCUUCACCACCGAAUCGGAACUCUCCCCGAAUCAUGUCGAUUUCAUCUUCAUACCCAACGGCACUGCCGUUAGGUAUGAAGAUGUCUUUCAUCCCCACCGAUUCACAACUCAUCAGGUUUAUUCUCCACGAUUCUGCCCCGAAUUUUAUUAUUACUGAUUGCGAUCUAUUUGGCCAGGAAGAGCCCUGGGAAAUCUGGGACAAAUAUCUAGGGUUUAUAAAUCAAUACAACCCAGAUGAACUCUACUUCUUCAUGCCUUCGCUGAAGAAAUUGAGCCGGUCUAAUGGUGGUUCAAGGAUCAGCCGAACAAUUGGCGGUGGUAGUUGGACUCAGAAGGAGCCAAUCAAGUUUGUGUGCGACGAGGGCAGAUCAAUUGGGGUGAAGAGAAAGCUUAGAUAUCACAACCAAGGGUCAGAUCAACAUGUGCAGUGGUGUUUGGAUGAGUAUACUAGUGUUGAGGUUGCUAAUUCAUGUGCAAUUUUCCGGCUCCGGAAAAACGAGCGACAAUACAAAUCACUGUGUGGUAUUUGUGUGGAAGACUUCUUUCAGCCUCUACCAUUAGGAAGAGCCUUGGGAAAUUUGGGACAGGUAUUCAUCGGUUAAAAACCACCUAGAUCUCCUCUACUUUUUCACAUCGUCACUGGGCUCCAAGGGGAGGGUUUAUAAUUUUGGUCGAAGAGUUGGGUCUGGUACAUGGAACCAAAAGGAGGCUGCCAAAUUGGUGUAUGAUGAUGAAGGCGAAAGAAAGCCGAUUGGGAGAAAGAGGAAACUCAGAUAUGUUAACCAAGGCUCUGUGCAUCACGGGGAGUGGUAUUUGGAAGAGUACACAAGCCUUGUUGAUGAGGGUGCAAUUUUGCUUCUUCGAAAAAACGAGCGGUACAAAGCACCGGCUUCAUCAGGAAUUCCACGUGAAAAGAAGAGGAAAC